UUCUGAGUACUGUUUCUUUGAUUUAUCUAAACUCUGCUCCACCACAAAAAAAGCUACUUCCACACUAGCAAUAAUGGAGGAUUGUACGGUCUUCUUCUUACUCGCUACUCUCCUCUCCCUCCUCCGCUUCGUCACCGUCUCCGCCGCCUCCCCUACGCCGCCUCUGUUCCCCGACGAGGCCCUUCCCACAAAAUCCGGCUACCUUCCGGUGAAACCCGCCGCCGGAUCCUCCAUGUUCUACGCCUUCUACGAAGCUCAGACACCCACUUCUCCGAUUCCCCAGACCCCUCUUCUUGUCUGGCUCCAAGGUGGUCCUGGUUGCUCCUCCAUGAUCGGCAAUUUCUACGAGCUCGGCCCAUGGCGCGUCACCACACGCGCCACCGAGCUCGAGCGCAACCCCGGCGCGUGGAACCGCCUCUUCGGCCUCCUUUUCGUUGAUAACCCGAUCGGAGUCGGGUUCAGCUUCGCCGCCUCUAAAGACGACAUACCCAGAAACCAGAGGCAGAUGGCCGAACAUUUAUACGCUGCGAUCGUAGAGUUCAUCGAGCAAAACCCGGGUUUUCAAAACCGUCCGGUUUACAUAACCGGCGAGAGCUACGCCGGGAAAUACGUGCCGGCUAUUGGGUACUAUAUCUUGAAGGAGAGACCCGACGGGCCGGUAAAUCUGAAGGGAUUGGCGAUCGGAAACGGGUUGACCGAUCCGGUGCCCCAAGUCCGGACCUUUGCGGUCAACGCGUACUACAUGGGAUUGGUCAACGCGAAACAGAGGGAAGAACUGGAGAGAGCUCAGGAGAGAGCCGUGGAGCUCGUGAAGGUCGGGAAAUGGAGCGAAGCAACCGACGCGAGAAACAAAGUGCUGAGAUUACUACAGAACAUGACCGGUUUAGCCACUCUGUACAACUUCGGUCGGAGAGUACCGUACAGGUCGGACCUGGUGGAGGAGCUUCUGAAUCAGGUAGAGGCCAAGAGGGCCAUAGGGGCGGAUGAAUCGGUGCGUUUCGAGGAGUGCAGCGAUGACGUGGAAGAGGCCAUGCACGGGGACGUGAUGAAGAGCGCGAGGAAGAUGGUGGAGUACGCGCUGGAGAGGACGAAGGUGAUGCUGUACCAGGGGAUGCUAGACCUGAGAGACGGCGUCGUUUCGACGGAAGAGUGGAUGAAGACGAUGGCGUGGCGAGGGAUGGGUGGGUUCACGGCGGCGGAGAGGCACGUGUGGAGGGACGGGCGAGGUGGACGCGCCGGUUAUGUCCAAAGGUGGGGGAAUCUGUGCCACGUGGCGGUUGCCGAAGCCGGACAUUUCGUUCCGACAGAUCAGGGGGUGAACUCGAGGGAGAUGAUUGAGAGUUGGGUUCUGGAGAAAGGGUUGUUUGGCGGCGGAGAAUCAACUCCCGGUUUCAGGGGUUGUUUGUGAGUGUUGAAACUUGUGAUUCCAAUCUGAAUAAGAUUUGUGGUUUUCAAUGGAAUCAUAUUAUUCCGAGACAUAUAUUAUAAAGUAUAAAGUUUUUUUUAUAAUGUGUAUAAUGAACGGGAAAAAAAUGUGAAUACGGAUUUUGGUUGAAA